AUGGGACUUCUUGCACCAUUGAUGCUACUUUCAAAAAACCUAUCGAUCUGUGUUACACAACAAUGGAUGCCAUAUUACAAAUUGGGAGUCAUUGUUAUUUUUCCAUCGUUGAUAUCAAUCAUUGCUAAUAGUGUUAUAUUCAAUUUCGCUUGUUUAUCAACUCGUCGAAUACGACUACAUGGUGGAAUUGCUUCGAUGAACCCAAUUCGAUCGAGACAGGAAAGACUUCGUCGUCGUGAGGUUUACCUACUGAAACAAAUGGCAUUUAUGUUUUGUGUUCAUGUGGGAGGAUGGGCACCCAUCUAUAUUAUUGCAGCGUCUAACAUCCACGGAUAUCUUUUUUCAGCUCUAUACGGUUUUUUCUUUGUAUUAGCUCAAAUUAGUACCUUAUGCAAUAUUCUUAAUCUAUUUCUGUGUCAUCAUGAAAUUAGACAAUAUUUAAUCGAUCAGAUUCAACAAUUGUAA